AUGCACAUCGCCCAUCAGUCGAACGAUAGCGACUCCAACAUUAAACUUAGCGACUUUGGCUUCGCCCGUCGAGUCCACACUCCUCAGUCGUUGACUCACCGAGUAGGGACACCUCCUUAUGUCGCCCCAGAAAUAUUGAAAAACAUUCCCCACGACGAGCGAGUGGAUCUUUGGAGUGUCGGUAUUACGGGGUUUUGUCUUUUGGUGGGAUAUCCUCCGUUUGGCGGUCACGACGAACCGCGCGAAAUGAUCUGUCAGCAAAUCAAGGAGGGUGCAUGGCGAUUCGACCCCAUCGAUUGGCGCUCGAUCAGUCCUCAAGCCAAGGAAUUGAUCCAGGGAUUGCUGCAAGUCGAUCCGGCGGACCGUUUGACAGCCUCCGAAGCCUUGCAGAGCCAAUGGAUGACGGAACUGUCGGAGGAAGAGUUGAAACAGCGUAGCUUGUCCAAGGGUUUGUCUACACUGAAACGAAAGCAAAGCAAAUCACGGGAGAUUCGAGGGGCCGCCAACCGCACCUUGACGUGGUUUCAACAAAAAAAGACUUAUCUGUGCCACCGUGGUUUUGUCAGUAAGCCCAUUUCGUCUCCCACCCAAGCUCACGAGAGUUUUUUGGAAGACAGCGUUGGCAAUAUUGAAGUCAAAGCUGGGGUCUGA